AUGACAAGUAAUUCAAGGAGAAAAUCCCACAAGAAAAACAAACAUAGUUCAAGGGAAUACUCAGAUGUCGACGAGGAUGUGAAGAUGAAAGAGAUGAAUGCUAGUAGCGAUGAUAAGGAAAAUGGGGUUUCAAUUAAGGAGUAUGCGACGCCUUCAAAUCGGCGGAAAAAGAAGACUAAUGGCGAGGAUGAGAAAAUUGAUAGUGCAAACUUAGAUGAUAAGAAGUCGAAGUCGAAGUCAAAUGAGUUCUUGAAACUUGUUGGUGAGUCUAAAAGCAUUAGUAUCAAGAAGGACGAUAUUUACAGUGCAAAUGUUGAUGAAAGUAAAGAUGAUAAAGAACCGAAGGAUAACGAUCGUAGGUCAGAAAGGGAAAAGAAAAAUAAUGAGUGGCCUGUAGAAGGAGUGCGAAACAUUGAAUUAGAAAUGGAGUAG